GUCACGUCCGGCCGGGCCCGCACGGAGGUCAGUGAGGAGACGCGGAGCCGCCAUGCUCCGCCAAGCCGCCCGACUGCGGCCGUGCGCCCGCCUCCGCCUCCGGCCCGGGGCCCACGGACACCCACACCCACAGGCCCAGCGAUGUUACCGGCUGGCAGCAGCGGCAGCGGCGGCUCGAGGCAGCAGUGGCUCUGCGGGGCCCUCGCGGGCGUGGCUGCAGCUGCAACUGCGGGGCCGAACGCUGCCCGCUCCCGCUCCCGCCCCGGGCCUGAGCGCGGCCCCGCGUUACUACAGCUUGCCCCCGCAUCAGCUGAUGCCAUUGCCUGCCCUGUCCCCAACAAUGCAGAUGGGAACCAUAGCCCGAUGGGAGAAGAAGGAAGGAGAUAAAAUAAAUGAAGGAGACUUAAUAGCUGAAGUGGAAACUGAUAAGGCUACAGUAGGUUUUGAGAGCCUGGAAGAAUGUUAUAUGGCAAAGAUCCUCCUGCCAGCAGGAGCACGAGAUGUGCCGCUUGGUACCAUCAUUUGCAUCACAGUUUCAAAUAUUGAAGAUAUUGAAGCGUUUAAGGAUUACACUCCAGAGCAAGUGGCUUCUGCCCCACAGACGCCAUCGCCCACAGCUCCGACACCACCCUCGGCUCCAGCAAAAGCUCCCGGCAGUUCAUACCCCUCACACAUGAAGAUUGCUCUGCCUGCUCUUUCGCCAACCAUGACAGUGGGUACCAUUCAGAGAUGGGAGAAAAAAGUUGGGGAGAAACUGCGUGAAGGUGACCUCAUAGCAGAGAUCGAAACGGAUAAAGCUACGAUAGGUUUUGAAGUAAUGGAAGAAGGUUACUUGGCCAAGAUUCUGGUGGCUGAGGGCAGCAGGGACAUUCCCCUCGGGACUACGCUGUGCAUCAUCGUGGAGAAGGAGUCCGACAUACCGGCCUUUGCUGACUACGUGGAAACAGGAGUCGCCGAUAUCAAGCAGCAAGCUCCACCUCCACCUACCCUUGCCACACAGCAACCUGUGGCAGCACCACCCAUGUUUACCCCACCCAUACCCAGAGAUCCCAAAGGUCGGGUGUUUGCCAGUCCUCUGGCAAAGAAGCUGGCAGCGGAAAAGGGCAUCGACCUCCAACAAGUGAAAGGCACUGGACCAGAAGGCCAGAUUAGGAAAAAAGAUGUUGAUUCUUUCGUGCCUUCAAAGGCAGUGCCGACUCCAACUGCUGCUGCUCCCAGUUUAGCAUCUAUUCCCACUGGGAUGUUCACCGAUGUCCCUAUCACCAACAUACGGAAGAUUAUAGCUCAGCGUCUGAUGCUGUCCAAGCAGAGCAUUCCUCAUUAUUACCUGUCGAUAGACAUCAACAUGGGCAACAUUCUGAAACUUCGGCAGCAACUGAACGAGGAAGUUAAAUCUGAAAGCAUUAAACUGUCGGUGAAUGAUUUUCUCAUAAAGGCCUCAGCUCUGGCGUGUUUGAAGGUCCCUGAGGCGAAUUCCUCCUGGCAGGACACCAUUAUCAGGCAAAACCACGUUGUGGACGUCUGUGUGGCUGUGAGCACCACUGCUGGCCUGAUUACUCCCAUUGUCUUCAAUGCACAUAUCAAAGGACUGAUUGCCAUCAGCAACGAUGUCAAAUCCCUGGCAGAGAAAGCUCGCGGAGGAAAGCUCCAGCCCCAGGAGUUUCAGGGCGGCACUUUUACAAUAUCGAACCUGGGGAUGUUCGGUAUAAAGAACUUUUCGGCCAUUAUCAACCCACCUCAGGCGUGUAUUCUGGCUGUUGGUGGAUCUGAACAAAGACUGCUUCCUGCAGAAAACGAGAGAGGGUUUGACGUUGCCAGCAUGAUGUCAGUGACACUGAGCUGUGACCAUCGUGUUGUGGAUGGAGCAGUUGGUGCCCAGUGGCUGGCUGAGUUCAAGAAAUUCCUUGAAAGGCCAACGACCAUGCUGAUAUAGACCGGAGCCAAGGUUUGAGUGUCAGCAGUCUUCAUAAGGCAGUUUUUAUUUGUAAAUUCCAGUACCUGCAUGAAAUCCUUACUUUCUUGUUACAAAAUGUAAGAAUUUAUGCAGUCAGUGGUUAAAAAGGUGUGCAGUUAAACUAGAAUCCAAAGUAAAGUAGAGGGAAAAACUGAUGCCAUUGUCCGAUUCCAGUCGUAUUUCAGAGACCAUGAGGUGCACUUGUUGAACUGUUACUUUAACAUUCAAUACUGACAAGGCCAAGUGUUCCAUCUGGUGCCCUUGCUCAGACAUUGCAGUGGGAACAAACAAAACUAUUUAAACCUGAAAGAUAAUUUUCUGUUUUAGACUGAGUGGAAUUGGUGAGGAUUUUCUCUGUAAAUGUUGGUGUUCCACUGCUCAUUCCCAUAUAAUAUGGAAUUGGCAGCCCACAAUGUGGAUUAAUCAUCAGUAGGUUCAGAAUAUAUCCAUCAAUUUCUCCACAGUUGAAUUGAGAAAAAGGCGCUAAAAUACUAGAUUAACUGCCCACCUUCAGUCCAGUGUUUCCAUAGGAUUGGAAGUAUUUUACCGAGACUAUUAUAAGAAUGUGUGAUAUGGAAGAUGCUAAUUUUGGUGUCAUACAUUGAUACUUUUUAUUGGUACACUCAUGUUUCUUGUGCAUCAGGGGUAAGUUAUUUAAAAUUACCCAAGGUGUAAUGAAAUUCUACAUCUGUUUUCAUUUCCUGACCUAAAUUGUAUUUACUAAAAAUAACACUUGGAUCAGAAAGUUAAUCUGUUGGCAGCAGUUGUAGCAAUAUGAAACCGUGCAAAUUAGGAACAGACAACUUCAGAACAAUUUUUCUUGGUUCGAUGGUGUAGUUGGUUAUUACCCAGAUCGUGUUACACAAACCUGUGGACUCUGCUGUUUGUAAUGCUGCUCAGGACUAGUUAAGCAUAGCUACAGUCUGAAGAUUUAGGCGACAGAGUUCAAUGAUUCAAGUGUGCUGAUUAUCUUUCAGUCUUUAAAGUACGGUCAUCAGAAGCAACAUCCGCUUUAUCCCAGUUCUACGUGUUUUGUGUGCACUAGAAGUCUGACGAGUUAGUGAAUUGGGAGUAAAGCAAGAUGGUUUUUUAUCGUGAUAAGUUAAGGUUCUGGUUUCCUCUCGUACGGGUCAAAAUGAUUUUGUUUCUAAUGGGAUAGACAUUGACACGUAUAGAGCCAAAUAUAAAAACUCAAUAGAAUAUGAACCCUAUCUUGUCAAAUAUCUUCUCAGUCUGUGCUUUCUUAUUUUUGUUCUUUCUAUCAUCUAAAAUAUCUCGCGUUUAUCUCAUCACUCCAAUAAUUGUUGCCUUAUUAUU